AUGGGGCCCUUCACUAGUUUGUCGUUUGCUGCUGCAGCAAAUCGCAUGCUGCGGCUGCAGCAGCUAGCGGCAUCGCGUUGCAGCAGCAGCAGCAGCAGCAAAUGUAGCGGCAAGGUCGUGGCAGCAGACAAGCCCGACAGGAGGAGGAGGCAGGCUGCGGCAGCAGUUGCAGCGGCGAGAGGCAGCCGCAGCAGCAGCAGUUGCUGCUGCUGCUGCUGCGUCACACAUCACUUCCUGCAGUCUUACCUGCAGCAGCCGCACUGUGCUGCGGCAGUAGCAGCAGCAGCAACAGCAGCAGGAGCAGCAACGGUCACAUCUGCAGCAGCAGCAGCAAACAGGAUCCGCCCCUUGCUGCAGCAGCAUCCGCAGCAACAGCAGCAGCAGCAGCAAACACUGGAGCAAGAUGUCGCAUCGUCACACAGAACUUCCUCUCUAGAUCCCUGGAGCAGCAACACUGGCAGCAGCAACAGCAGCAGCAGCAGCAGUAGCAGCAUUCCUGCUGUUACUGCUGAUGCUGCUGCCGCUGGCCCUAGCCCAAAUAGCAGUAACAGCACCAUCACUAGCAGCAACAGCAGGAGCAGGAGCAGCAGCAGCAGCAGCAGCAGCGGGUUUGAUGACAUUUUAUCUUUUCCUUUGGUGCUGCCGCAAGGUGUAUAUACAGCGCGUUCUGCUGCUGCGAUUGCUGCAGCGCUGACAGCUGAGCUGGCGGCGCUGCUGCAGCAGCAGCAGCCUGCUGCUGCUGCCCAUGUGCAGGCGUUGCCGACGUUUUUGCUGCAGCUGCAGCAGGUGCUGCAGCAGCAGCAGCUGCUGCGGGGUGUGUCUGUGGCUGCGUUUGGCUCUUGCGUUUCGGGUUUGUGGACAGCAGCAGCAGACGUGGACGCUGCAGCACGCGGCAGCAGCAGCAGCAGGCGCUGCGAGCUGCUGCUGCUGUGCUGCAGCAGGUGCGCAGCUACUACGUGGAGCUGCGGUACGGCGCUGCAGUGCCUUUGCUGCACUGGGCGCCGCGCAGCAGCAGCAGCCUCUUUGCUGCUGCCCAGCAGCAGCAGCAGCAGCAGCAGCAGCAGCAGCAGCAGCAGCUGGCGUGCGACAUAA